AUGGAAGAGAUGGGGGCGACGAAUUUGAACGUGGAGAUGGAUAGGGAGGCGGCGGCGAUGGAAGCAGGGCUUCGAUUGGAAGAAGGGAGGAGCGUUCAGAUUUUGGGGCGGAGCUCAGUGGAGGUGGAGACCGAGUUGUCUCUCGGGCCGACCCAGGCAAUUACCCCUGCCCCCCUAUCGGGCCAAGAAGGCCCAUAUGCAAUAGAUGAGUAUCAGCAUGUGCAAGAUGAAAGGGAAGGGGAGUUGGGCUGA